AUGGAGGUACCAAAGGGCUGUCUUGUAGUGUACGUUGGAGAGAAAAUGAAGCGGUUUGUGAUCCCCAUUUCAUACUUGAUCCAGCCUUCAUUCCAAGACUUGUUGAGUCAAGCAGAGGAAGAGUUUGGAUAUGAUCAUCCCAUGGGUGGACUUACAAUUCCAUGCAGCGUAGAGUUACAGCCUGAUCAAACAAGAAGUGAGGCAUGGGAAAUCAUCUUCCGUGAAUCUAAUCGUGAGAUCACCCCUAGGAGAUUGCUUGGACAGAAAAUGAAGACUGUCCAAAACCUCUGCGAACUAGAAUUCCUUUGUUAUGUUAUAUCAUAG